UUAUCAGCCCUGCCCACAAUGGUUUCCACGCAGACGUACUAUAUGAAUUUUAUAUUCAAUAACAAUCGCUACGUCUAUGACAAAGGAAGUGGCGAGAAGGAUAGGGAGAAAAGAUCUACAACUAAAACCUUAGACAUCGAUUCGGAAGCGCUGGAAGUUAAAUCUGUAGAACAUUCAGAUAGUCGGGAUACCUCACAUGAGCACAAUGAGACACCAAAAGCUCCAAUAAUUGAAUGGGAAACAGAUAGUAUCAAUACGGAUGAAAUUGUCGAGAAUCCAGAUUUGUCCCUCUGGAUAUGGCCAGUUAAACCGACUAAAAAGCCGACUAAAAAACCAAAGAAAACAAAUAUUAAAGCAACAAGAAGAAACAAAAAGACAACAACUGCAACUGUUGCCGAAGAAGAUCCAGUGGAGAUCACCACAGAGGAGCCGAGACCACAAGAAGUUACUGAUGUACCCCAUGCCGAUGACUUUUUUGACUAUCCCCUGGCCAAGUGUCACCAGGAUAUGGAUCUACAUGAGGUCUUUGGCAUUCGUUUGGACCAAGAUCGCGGUUUGCCCGCCAAGGUCUAUUGUAAUUUCAGCAAUAGCUGGGCAGGUCCAUGGCUGCUAAUGAAUCGCAUGGAGUUACCAGCUCGUUUACAUAUGAGGCAUUGGUUCUUUGGUUAUGUGAGCGAUGAUUUCAAGGAUAUGAAUAUCAAUUUUCUGGGCUUGGCCUAUCUCAUUAAUCGCAUGAGAAUCGCCAUGCUAAUCCUGGGCCAGGAUAAUCAGAACCGUUUGGUUUACAAUUUAUACGACGACGUUGUCAUCUCGAGCUUCAAUGAUAUUUUUAUGCUGCGAAAGGCCCAUCUAGUUGAGGCGAACACCACAGAUCUUCUCUUUGUCUCUGUGGGCGAUGUCAUAGAAUCGUAUUCUGGUCGAAAUCGAUCAUGUCCCUUCAAAGUGCUCGGCAGCUGGUGGGGACACGAUGUAUGGGAUCCAGAUGCAAAAACUUUCUGUGUCUUUCCAGUAGAUCGAGAUAUCAAUCGUCCUGGUUAUAUGGCCAUAUUCAUAAAGCCCAGUCCGUUUCCUAUCAAUAAUACUGCUCUCUAUGAGCAGGAGAUAACAACACGUCGUCCAUGGGUAACCACAGCGAAUCCUAAUUUAAUGGCUGAGGCCAAUAAUGAUACCAAACUCUAUCGAAAAUUGCGUCAAGCUGAGUUCAAUCUCAAUAAAGAGGAAGUCCAAGACGAGAUAGACAGACGCAUUCAAAUUUAUCCAGAAAUCGAAAAGAAUCGAGUUAAAGAAGCGCAAAAUCAAAGUGACACAACUUAAACAAAACAGACUAAAAUUUCAAAGUGAAAACAACAACUCAGCAGAUCGCUUUAGUUUAUAUAGGUAAAAACAGAUCAAUUUACUCAAUACAUCUGAUGAUGACAAAGAAAAACCAUUCUUUGUUUGUGUUCCAUAUCAAUAGUUUUAAUUAAA